GAUAAGCUCUUUGCUACUUAUUCGGUGUUAGUAAACACUGUGCAUCGUGUGCUGUAUAGUAGUGUUGUCAUCCGGUAUUGAGGAGUCGGAGAGAUGGCAGACAUAGAUGAUAACAUGACAGUAACAGUUGAAGAAGAAGAACACCGUCGGAAGCCUGAAGAUGAAGUUCGACGCAGAAAGAAGCGUACAUACAAAGCACUGAAAAACCAAAUGGAAUUUUAUUUUGGUGAUGCUAAUCUAACAAAAGAUAAAUUUCUCAUUGAUUUAAUAGAAAAAGAUAAAUAUGUCGAUCUUGCAAUUUUUUUGCGCUUCAACAAGAUACGAGCAUUAACUUCAAAUAUAGAAGAUAUUGCAAAAGCAUUAAGAGACUCUGAGAUUCUGUCCGUCACCGAGGAUGGGACAAAAGUGUACCGUACAACACCAAUACACAUCAAGGAAAAUGAGGAAGAUUGUACCAUAUAUGUGGAGCAGCUCCCACCUGAUGCUGAUCAUGAGUGGCUCAGGAGAGUAUUUUCAUCUUAUGGUGAAGUAGUAUAUGUUUCAAUACCGAAGUAUAAACCAAGUAACAAAAUAAAAGGUUUUGCAUUCGUGGAAUUUGACACCCCAGAGGCAGCCAACAAAACACUGGAGGCUUUUGGUGCCAUGGGUUGUCGGUUACCAGCUCAGAUGCCACCAGAUAACCUUUGCAGCAUAGCAACAUUUGAGCAAACAUCUGAGGAAGAUAAAAAUGGAGAGGAAACCACAAUGACUACAGAAACCAUAGAGAAAUCUGAUUCUGAGCAACCAACCAACCAGAAGAAAAGAAAACUGGAAAAUCCAGAUUCUAGCAUCGAUAGUGAAACCGGUGCGGAUACUGGUCCGAGCAGAAAGAAGAAGAAGAAAAAGCAGAAGAGCAAUGAAGGUGAGAUGACUUCUCAAGAAGCUGAAAAAGACGAGGUUCCUCCAUCAAAAUCUACAGUGGAGAAUGCUGGAAGUGGCAAGACUGUGAGGAAAAGGAAAUCCAGAGACUCAAAUCCACAAAUGCAGGAUGCUGAUACAGAAAAUGAAACUAGCUAUGCCGAAGUUGAUAAUGAGUCUGAAAGUGUGGCAACAGAAGAAGCAAAGUCAAAGAAACAAAGGCAGGAACAAGAAACGGAAGCUGACAGUGGUGAUGAAUGUGAAAUGAAGUCAGAUGAUGCUGCUGAAGAGAGCAAAGAUGAUAAUACAGGUGAAGAAAGGAGAAAAAAGAAGAAGAACAGGAACAGAAAGCGAAAGAAGAAAGUGAAACAAGAAAAUGAUCCGAGCAAACUUGGAUUAAAGAUUUUGUCCAAGCGCGAAUGGAAACGCCUCCGAAAUAAAUACCUUGACUUGCAGCGUAGCAAAAUGAAGGCAGUGAAGCAGCAUCUGGCGAGAGCGAGGUGGGCAUCUCAGACUCCCCGUGCAUACAGCGAGGAUGGUGAAAAUCACCAUGAAGUGGCACAGCAGCAAGCAGUUGUGUCUUCAGACCCUCCUCGAACUGUGUUUACUCCGGGCGUCAUAGCACAUGUUACACUUGACGAGCCUCUCACAGAUGUAGCGAAGUUCAAGAGUGAUGUAAGAGGAUAUUCUGAUGUGCAGUACGUUGACAUCUUAGAAGGGACGAAUGAAGCAUAUGUGAGAUUUUCUACACCAUCAUCUGCUGCACAUUUUGUUCAAGAGAAGCCUUUUGGCAGUAUGGAGAUCCUCUCUGGUGAUGAGGAAAUGAACUACUGGAAUAAAAUAAAACAGGACCGAGCAGAAAAAUUCUCUCAGAAGAUUAAAGUGAAACAGAGAGGAAGAGACAAAUUACUGAAACGUGUCGAGAGAGAACUAGGAAAACACAUCAGAUUUGAUGAAUAGUUAUUACCGUUGUUGAUCAAAACUGAAGCGUUGUGUGUAUCUAAGGAAAACAAAUCAUGAUCCAUAUUUGUACAUUCAUCAUUGUAAUUCAUGAGAGAAGAUAAAAUUUUACCAAUACAAUAA